GUCAUGACGUCAUCUCCGCGCGCCGCGCGCCGCCAUGUUGCGGGCUCCGGGCCCGGCGUUGAGCGCGGCCGUGGCCGACGGCGGAGGGGCGGGGGCCAUGCGGGCGGCUCCGGCCUGAGCGGCCCGGGAGCGCCUCCGGGACUCCCCCGUAUGGCGUCCAGCGCCGCCGGGGCGCGCGGGCCGCGCUGCCGCGAGCGGAGCCGCCGGGGCCGCGGUCGCGGCGCUCCCCGGGAGCUGUCAUCGCCCGCGGCUCCGGGGGAGGUGGCAGUGAAGCCCCGGCAAAGGCCCGUCCGCAGCCCGAAGGCGCCGAGCGGCCCUCAGGGCCCGCGCCCGGAGGAGGCGGACGGGCGUGGGGAGGCCUCGCGGAGCCCCGAGGCCGAGGUGCUGCUGCGGCUGUCCCGGGGCCUGCAGGGUCCCGGGGGGCUGCGGGACGGCCGGGAUGGCCCCGACACCCCCCCGGGAGGACGGCCCCGGCGGCGGGCGGCCAAAGUGGCACUGCUGUACCUCCAGGAGCUGGCGGAAGAGCUGACGUCUGUGUGCCAGCCCCCAGCUCCCACUGAGGGCCCCCAGGAGCCCCAGCGUGUCCAGAGGAAGCGUCGGAGGAAGAAGGAGGAGGAGGAUGCCAACAGCGAUGACCCCACCCAGGACGCCGACUUUGUGCCCUCUAAGGAUGUACUGCUGCAGGCAGAGGAGGAGGAGGAAAGCGAUGCAGCGCUCAGUGAGGAGUCUGAACUGGAGCCGCUCCGGGGGCACAGCGUGAGGACGUCGUCGGGAGGGAGAUCCAAGCCCUUGUGCCGCGGUGUUGCUCCCAAUGGCUUCCACAAUUCCAUCAUGGCCCCGGUGGAGAAGUGCUCCAGCCUCACCUACAGCCUGCGGGAGCAGGUGCACUCGCAGUGGGAAUUCCCUGACUGGAUCCCCUUGGCACACAACUGGAUGCAUCUGUCUGAAAGCGAAGCUGCCCCAUACCUGCCGGUGGAGGAGAAGUCUCCGCUCUUCUGCGUCCAGCGGGAGGGCCUUGAGGAUGGCGGCGCUUUAUACAGAUUGAACAGAUUCAGCUCCCUGCAGCCCCACGAGGAGCGCCGGGACGCGGCCUUCUUUGUGGGUGGCCCCAUCUGGGCCAUGGAGUGGUGCCCGACGCCGGAGGGUGCAGCGGCCGCGCAGUACGUGGCUCUGUACUGCCACAGAACCAUGGAGGAGACGCACAGCGUGGUGGGGCUGCACCGGGGCCCCGCGCUGCUGCAGCUCUGGGGCCUGGGCACGCUGCAGGAGGGCUCUGCUGACAGAGCUGGGCUGGCGUACGCCAUCGCUGCUGACCACGGCUGCGUCUGGGACAUGAAGUUCUGCCCCAGCGGCGCUUGGGAGCCUCCUGGAGGCUCCUCAAAGCACCCGCGGAUGAGCCGGCUCGGCCUCCUGGCUGCUGCUUUCUCAGAUGGCAGCGUGGUGCUGUACGCCCUCCCGCACCCUGGCGCGCUGCAGAGCUGCACGAGAACCCAGGUAAAAGAUGGGUCCCCCCCCAAGCACGUGAUCUGCAAGGUGAGGCACACCACCGCACUGCACGUGGGUUCCAUCCAGGCGGGGAGCGCGGCCGAGUGCGGGCAGUGCUUCAGCCUCUCCUGGAUGCCCUCCCGGCCCCACCAGCACCUGGCGGCGGGGUUUUAUGAUGGCACGGUGGCCGUCUGGAACCUGCUGACCGCGUCCCCGCUGCAGCGCGUGUCCCACCCCGACGGCUCUCUCCAGCUGUACCCUUUCCAGUGCUUCCUGGCCCACGACCACGCCGUGCGGAGCAUCGAGUGGUGCAAAGCCAACAGCAACUUCCUGGUCACGGUAGGGAACGACCGAAAGAUCAAAUUCUGGGACCUGCGACGCCUCUACGAACCCAUCAACAGCAUCAAGCGUUUCCUCAGCACUGAGGUGGCCUGGCUGCUGCCUUACAAUGGUGUCACCGUGGCCCAGGACAACUGCUAUGCCUCUUACGGUCUCUGUGGGAUCCACUACAUCGAUGCUGGGUACCUGGGCUACAAGGCGUACUUUGUGGCUCCUCGCAAGGGGACCGUGUGGAGCAUCUCGGGCUCGGACUGGCUGAACACGGUGGCCGCUGGGGACAUCACAGGCGAGCUGGUGGCUGCCGUGCUGCCCGACCUGGCUGUUAACCCGCUCAAUGUCAAGCGCUCCUCGGACCGCAGAUUUCCGGUGUACAAAGCUGACCUGCUGCCCUGCAGCCCUGCAGUGCCAGGGAGCGGUGAGCCAGUGCUGCCCAGGACCCGGCACUACAGUGAGAUGGUGGCCACAGCCUACGUGCGGUUCCGGGACACCGAUCUGCGCAGCUUCAAGAACUUCCCCAGCCGUGAGCCCAUGCGCCGCAUGCACAAACAGGAGGGGAAGGCAGAGCUGAGCCUUGACCGCCUGCAGCUGGAAGCCCUGCACAAGGUGCGUUUCAGCCCCAACCUGGAGGCGUGUGGCUGGCUGGUGUCGGGGGGACAGGCGGGCAUCGUGCGCCUGCAUUGCCUGGCGGGGCUGGCAGCUGCUGUGGACCCGCAGCUGCUGCCGCAGAGCCGUGCCCGCUACAGCUCCCACCCCGGCCCUCCUGUGAGCCCCCCCUCCGAGUAACCCUGGCCCCUCGCUGUGGCUGUGGGGGCUGCGUGCCCCCCCCCUUGGUGCUCCUUCCCCGGGGACCCGGUGCUCCCGCUGUCCCCUCGGGGCCCGGAGGGCUCUGUGCUGUGCUCUGCGCUUUGUGCUGGUGCGGGGCGGGCGGUGGGACGGCUGCUGUGUCCCUGCCCUGGGCUGAGGCCGUGCGUGGGGCUGUGCUUGUGCUCCCCACCCCCCGGUGCCGGGGGCUCUGGAAUCGCUCACAUUGAGCCGUGGUGGCAGCAGUGCAGUAAAGUGGUGCGUUUUGUAA